GCCAGCAAUCGAAGAGCACCGUCACGUCAGUCCCUCACGGUGAGCCGGUCGAGUCGGUCAUCUUUGCUUGUCUCUGUUAUUUGCAAACACUCGACCCUCAUAGGUGGCUGCAGUACUCGUAACAAACUUCUUUUUCCCCUGUUCCUUCCUAUAGUCAACGGUCGCGUCGAACGGAAAUCCACGGUAGUGUUGUACGAUUUGAUUAAAUAACCGCCGGACGAACGAUCAGUGCGUACGAUUUUGUUGGUGGACAAGCUUCCUCUUGAGCGCGGGGCUGUUUUGUUUGUGGAUUUCUACCCUCUGCCAUCCUGUGGAUUACUCGACGUCCCGCAGCGGGAACUUCUCUUAAAGGGACGCAGCGUAGGAUGGGCCCGACCGCGCGAGCAGUCGUGCUACACUGAAGAGGAGGGGCAGCCCUGAAGAAAAGAGCGAAGGAGGAAGGAACGAAAGAUGCCUGCCUCACAGGCUGCCGCUACGGAGCGGCGAAACGAGAGGAUGAUUGCACACGAGCCGCCAAAAUUAAAAACGACCCUGAAAACGCCUCCUAAACAAGCGACCAAUCCUCUUCAGUUCGUCAAGGUUGGACCAUGCUCGUUAUAUCGUACAGCUCAAGAGCAGUUGCAGAAGGUUCAGGAAGUGAAAAAAAUAAAACAGGAAGUUCGUGAUGAUCCGGAAGAUUGGCAAUCGAAUCUGGACAACUGGAAGAGUAGUCGAAGGAAGCGUCAGGAGCACAUCAUCGAGCGGGUGGUCGAGGUGAAGAAACUCGAGCUGGAGGAACACGAUCGGCAGCGUCGUCGGAGCAAGACUUUCUCGGAAAUGAUGGAAGAGAGGGGUAAUAGGGGUCGGAAACUGAGCAUCAGCUUGGCUAUGUACCACGAAGAGGAUGCCAAUGACCUGAGCGACCUUGGUAUAGGUACCAGCAGCGGAAAGAGCUCGAUUAGCGGCGACACACACGAUGACACGCACAGCGUCUUGAGCGACAGAGACAGCGAGAUAGACAAAAAUCACUCGGAUGUAGAUAAUGUGCCAAACGAGAAUGUGAUGGGCAACGAUAUCACGACGUCGAUGACGACGACGACGACGUCGAUAACGACGACGACGACAACGAAGAAAUCGUUCGGCAACGGAUUCCAUAGCAGCCACAGCAGCCACAGCCACCAAGAAUACGACUCCGCAACAACGGCGACGACCAGUUCUCCAGAACCGGAAGAGUACACGUACGAAGGUGCGAUACGCGGUUACGUGUCGCGAGUGUCGCAGAAUAUACCGAGGCGAUCGUUAGUUAGCUUGGACGCAAAACUCGAUAACGCGAAAUCGGCGACGAACGGCUCGAAGACGAGUUUAAACGACGAAUCUAAGUCCACCAUACCGGUAGUGAAGGUCGACAUUUUGAAGAGGCGAGAAAUUUUCGAGAAAGGAUCACAGAAAGGUAAUGAAAGCAAAACGAACAACAGGCUCUCCGGUGAUUUCACUGGGACGAAAUCAAUCAAGGAACGGCUAUCGAAUCUGGAGAAACAGAAGCAGGAAGCGGACAGCAGCGAAAAAUCCACAAACAAGACGCUGAACAGAUUGUCCGGCGAUAUGAGCUCAAUCCGUGAAAGAUUAUCUCAUCUUGAGAAGCAGACCUCGGAAAGGGAGACCAAGAGUUCCUCUCAUCGUAAGCUGAACACCGACGAACUCGAAACAGUCAGACCGCUGCGCGAAAGAUUGUCCACUCUGGAAAAAUACAGCAGCAGCGACGAGUCGUCGGUACCUGGUACCGCUCACGAGUCCCGACAUAACGGCGAGUUAUCAGCCAGGACGAUAAAGGAUCGUUUGAGCGCUUUGGAUGCCACCAGAAGCAAAGAGUCCGUAGACAAGAGGUCCUCUGUGGGCAAACACUCGCUGUGCUUCCGGGAUCAAGAGAACAGAAUCGACACGUCGACUCCGAGCGAGAGAAGCUCGUCUCCAGACUCCGAGUAUCGCGUGCCAAGAGCAGCCUUCCACAGAAGCUUGGAUUCUUUGGACGCGGAUGCUUCCAGCGGGCCUGACACGUUCGAGCGUGUCCAGAGCUUGGAGGAACUCGAUUACGGUAGACGUUAUCCGGCGUCCUCAUCGUCCGCCGAGCUCUUAAAUGAUACCGAUCGCGAAGAUUCUGGAAUUCACACAGCCGAUGUGAGCUGCUCCGUCAGCCAAGCUGACGAACCGGUGGAUGAGGACGUCGUGCACGCUAGCGCGGUCAUCGAGAGGCAAGAGGUGAUCCAAGAGAAACCGGAGGAGCCGCGUGAUGUUAAAAUAACGAACGAGGUGGCUGCUGGUGUAACCGAAGAAAGUCCAGCUGUGUCCGUGAACGAAAUCUCGACGACUUCUGCCAGUCAACCAGUAGCAGUAGUGGCAAAGAAGGAACCGAUCGUUAUCGAGAACACAACAGACGUCGACGUCGAGAAGGAAACAGCGGCGAUUUGCAAGCCGACUAGUCCGUCGCCAGUCGAACACGAAGAGUACAAGGAAGCGGAGGCGACGAUGAACGAGAAGAUCGUGCAGUACGAGCCAUCACCAACGGCACGAAAAUCGAUUGACAAGUCGAUUAACACGCGGGAUGCACCUGAGGCCACAUUUGAACUUGGAGACGUCCCUGUGCCUGGAAGACCAACAACCUUGACCCUUUGCAAACCGGAAAUCAGCACGCUGGACACGAUGAGUUGCCUGCUCAGCCCGGUAUCGCCCAUUUCGAAACAGAUUUUGCCCCUAAAUUUAUCCAGCGACGAGGAAAUAGUCGCCGGUCUGUCGUUCCCAUUGGGGCCACCGACCAGCGUGGAACCGCCGAAAGAGAAACCGCCUCCGCCUCCGGUAGAUGUAAGCGACGAGGAGAAUCUUCCCGUGGAACCUUUGAAGAGAUUGAAUUCCACGCGCAGAAUAAAAAAGGAACUGCGCACAAGACGCUCCGAUUUUCUCGGAAUUGAAGGGGUAAACGAUGACGAGUUGGAACGUGAACUGACUCUUACUAAACCACCAGACAUGGCAGCAAUCCUAGCAGAGGAGAGACGCAUUGAACAGCUUCAUCGUCGCUCGUACGACACGGACAGCAACUACGAGCAAGAUUCAAGCCACGAGAGGGAUUCCGGCGUGGAAUUGGGCCAUGCCGAGGACUGGACAAAGCAACCGGUCAGCCCGGACAUGUCUCAGCACAGCCGCCAAAGCAGUGAACCGUUCGGCGCCAGCGUGACCUCUUCUGAAGAAGAUGAGAUCACGAAGAAGGAGCGGGAGAUCAUAGAGGUCCUUGAAAAAGAAGAGCAGUGGCGGUACGGCAACAAUCGUGAAAUGAACAGUGACUUGGGCGAGAAAUUGGCGCACAAGCUGCGCGAACUUGAAGAGGAGAAGAUGCAGUUGGAGAGGGAACGCGCUCAGGAAGUGGUACUGCGUCGACAAGAAGAGACUCUGCGUAAGAACAACGAGGACAACGCGCGCAAACAAGAAGAGAUGUUGCGUAAACAGCAGGAUGAGAUCGCGAGGCAGCAGGAAGUGGCGCGUGCCGAGGCUGAAGCGAAGCGCGCGGAAGAGAAAAGACAGGAGGAGGAGCUGAGGGCGCAGGCAGAACAGUUGAGGAUCCAGAAGGAGAUCGAGGAAGAGAUGGACGCACGACGCAUCGAAGAGAAACGCAUCAGAGCCAUGGAAAAUCAAAUUCGAGAACAAGAGACCACGUCAUUGGUUGGUGCUGGUUUGAACGAUGAAGAAGACGAAUUUGCUUCCGGGGAGGUCCUUAGAGUGGAACGGGAGUUGCUGCAGUUAGAACAAGAAGAAUUGAAACGUCAACGAAACAACCUGGCGUAUCGUGAACAAAAGCAACUGAAAUUGGCAGAACAGUUGCAAGAACAAUGGAAAUCGUUGCAAGAUGUUGCGCAUAGCUCCGCGAACAAUAUUCAACAGUACAAGAGCCAACCACCGGUGAAUUACAGGUCUUCGAUGCCCAAUCUUCAGCUCCAGGAGAGAAGAAGACCUCCACCUCCUCCCAUACCGCCUGCUAAACCAUUGCGGUUGAUUGAGCAGAGACAAAGAGACGUUACUAUAAGGAGUAGCAGAGUCCCCUCGGCUGAUUCGAUUCCUCAACAAGUGGAUGCAUCGUUGCGUCAUAGCGCAUCGAUUACAACGCUUUCGAGCCACAGUGGACAACAGAUGAGCAGACAAACGUUGCAAGCUCUUAGUGCAGUUCCUCGGCCACGGAUCGUUCAGAGUGAUCAAUGGGUCCAACGAAGAAAAAGCGACGUGCCACGAGGUGCUCACGAUUUGAAUUACCAACAUUGGCUCAUCCAGGAAGCGGAACAAAGAAGAAUUAAUGAAAAGAAUCAACGGUCACCAGCGCGGAAACCUCAAAUGCACGUAACAGGAACAUCGGUUCCUUAUCCCAUGACUUCAUCGAGGACAGACAGUAAACCAUUACCUGAUUCGAUUAUACAAACCCUUACGCAAAGAGUGCAAAGCAGAGCACAAGAAAAACCUCUUCCACCGAGAAGAAGAUUGGAACACAGCACCAGUCAAGAACAUCUAUCGGCGUUGCAACCGCAACCACAGCAACACGUUAUGCAGACACAAAAACCUCAGCAACCAACCCCGAUGAACACUGAGAAUCAAGAGAAGAUGCUGAGUGUUAGCGGAAAGAAAAAGUGUUCGCAUUGCGGGGAUGAAUUAGGUCGCGGUGCUGCGAUGAUCAUUGAAAGCCUACGACUGUUUUAUCACAUGGAAUGCUUCAAAUGUUGCGUGUGUCACGUACGACUUGGUGACGGACUAAUGGGAACAGACGUACGCGUUAGGAAUCAAAAGCUUCACUGCCAUAACUGCUACUCCAGCGACGACGGUAUCCGAAUUUAACUUUUACUAUUUAUACCUGUGGCUAAAAUUAGGUGUCAAAUUCAGUUGCGUGUGAAAUCAAGAUGGGACGGUAGCUAAUGGAACCAGGCUAACUUGAAUAUAGCGUUGUCCGGCUAUAUUUUAUAAGUUUUAGUUGACCAUUUAGUUAUCGAUAACACACGACCAUAAACUAUCUUCUUUUCUGUAAAUAAAAUUCUGACGAUAUGUACAAGCGAAAAACAAUAAUUGGACGUAAAGUAUUUGUUUCUCAUAGAUGUUCUAUGUGCACUUAGAAUUUAAAAAGAUAGAAUGAAAAUUAUUCGAAUAAUGGAGAUUUCUCUUCAAUCGAUUAGUUGUAAGGCAUGCAGGGAGCAAACUGUAAAUAAAUGUGUAUUUAUGUAAUUACCGUAAUAUUAGAAAAAUAUAGUAAAACAAGAAAUCGUAAAUAUUUCUGUCGCGCAUCGAGGAAACAAUGUGCCGAUUCUAAACGAUUUAAGCAUAAUUCUGUGAACCUGUAUAUUUUGUAAUAUAGUUAUUCUGUGGUAUUUAUGAGAAACAUCGUUUUGAUGUGUGACGGAUAUAAUAACUUUUCUCCUCCCUUUACUACAUUUAUGUCUUAUCUUUUAUUUGUCUUUUUCUUUUUCUUUUGAAUGCUCGUAAAUUAAUAGAUGAUUUCACUCGAAUUGAUUAAUGCUUCUAUCCUUUACGAGAGAUCGUUUUAGAUUCUAGUUAAUUACUACGGUAGUACAGUCGUUAACUGUAGCUGCAUAAUAAUACGAGAUUUCAAGGCUGGAGUUUUGUGUUCUUUCUAUUUUCAUCACUGCGUCAAGACGAGAAAAGCUCGAUGCACCGCCGCUCGACGACGAUGAUUUCCGUUGCCAUCUGAUGAUCAAUGAUACUCGCAACUGUCAUCGCAUCGACGAUGCAUACUUGCUGUUGUGAAAUAUUGUAUGAUACGCACCUCGUGUUAUUGCAAACAUGUAAUUUUAUAUUAUCGAGAAUAUAUAUAGCUGUUCAUUAUAGUGA